AGUCAGUUAAUUCAUACAAAAACACAGAGAAAGAGACAAAAAGCAAGUCUUCAAACAUUAUAGUAUUAUCCACUUUGCAGUUUCUUAAUUGUGGUUGUUCAUCUUGUCUAGGAUAAAUUUGUAUUCAGAAACACAGAAAGGAAUCAGAAGAAUUGGCAGCAGAUAUGGAAAUUCGAGAGGAGUCGAUCAAGCAGUUUAAAGGGCAAACAAGACUUCCACAGUUUGCAGUGCCAAAACGCUAUGAGCUAACUCUAAAACUGGAUCUCUCUGCUUGCACUUUCUCUGGUCGUGUAGCUAUUGAUGCUUCCGUUAAUGAUCCCACGAAAUUUCUGGUCUUGAACGCACUCGAACUCGAUGUUCAUCAAGUCUCCUUCACCAGCUCUCAGAAACAAAAAUAUGUUCCAUCUGAUAUAGUGGUGGAUAGUGAUGAUGAGAUUCUUGUUUUGGUGUUUGAAGAAGUAUUGGAAGUGGGAUGUGGCUUAUUGGAGAUUGAGUUUUCCGGGGUGCUAAAUGAACACCUCAAAGGCCUAUACAGAUGUACUUACUCUGAUAAAGGAGAGAAGAAGAAUAUGGCCGCAAGUCAGUUUGAGGCAGUAGAUGCACGGAGAUGUUUUCCGUGUUGGGAUGAACCUGCUCUCAAGGCCACCUUCAAGAUAACGUUGGAAAACAUUCCAUCCGAAUUGACAGCAUUGUCUAACAUGCCGGUUUCUGAGGAAAAAGUCCACGGGAAUCUCAAGACGGUCCACUUUGAAGAGUCGAUACUCAUGUCUACUUACUUAGUAGCUUUUGUAGUUGGUUUGUUCGACUAUGUUGAAGACAUAACAGAAGAUGGAAUCAAAGUCAGGUCCUACUGUCCGGUAGGUAAAAGUGAUAAGGGCAAGUUUGCUCUAGAUAUUGCUAUCAAGACACUCAGUUUUUUCAAAAUGUAUUUCUCAACACCCUAUCCACUUCCGAAAUUGGAUAUGGUUGCAGUUCCCGAGUUUGCUGGUGGAGCCAUGGAGAAUUAUGGUUUAAUCACAUUCCGAGAGAGCGAGCUUCUUCUUGAUGCUUUGCAUUCUGCAGCAGCUAACAUACAGAGGCAAACAAUCGUCGUGGCUCAUGAAGUUGCUCAUCACUGGUUCGGUAACUUGGUGACAAUGGAAUGGUGGACUCAUUUAUGGCUCAAUGAGGGCUUUGCUACAUGGGUAAGUUAUUUGGUUACUGACAAACUAUUCCCUGAAUGGAACAUUUGGAAUCUAUUUCUUCAAGAAACGGAAGACGGCUUGCAAAUGGAUGCAUUGGAAAAAUCCCAUCCAAUUGAGGUCGAAAUACCUCAAGCUCGAGCAGUUCUUGAAUAUUUUGACGACAUAAGCUAUAGAAAAGGGUGCUCCGUCAUUAGGAUGUUAGAGAAUUUUCUUGGUGACGAGAUAUUCCAGAAGUCAUUGGCUUCGUACAUGAAGAAGUUCGGAUUCAGCAAUGCAAAGACAGAAGAUCUAUGGAAGGUUAUCUCAGAAACUUCAGGAGUCGAAGUCGACAAAAUCAUGAACGUGUGGACAAAGCAGAAGGGCUACCCUGUUAUAACAGUAAAGCUGAAGGGUACUACUUGCGAAUUCGAACAGACCCAUUUUUUGUCUUCAGCAUUGGAUUCUGAUGCUGAAUGGAUAGUUCCGGUGACGCUGUGUGUGUCUUCGUACGAAAACCAAAAGAAAUUUCUUCUAGAAGCGAAAAAUGGGCAGUUGGACAUUGGAGACCUAGAGAAUGUUGAGGAGAAUUGGUGGAUAAAAACUAACGUCCACCAAGCUGGUUUCUACAGGGUGAAAUACGACGAAAGUCUUGAAGCUCGACUACGCAAAGCAAUAGCGAGCAAUUGCUUAUCAGCAUCAGACGAAUUCGGAGUUCUGGACGACGCGUUUGCUCUAUGUGAGGCGUGCUGUACACCGUUCUCGUCUCUGCUUCACUUGAUGGAUACAUACAGGAAGGAUCUAGAGUACAUUGUUCUGACAAGACUCAUCAAUAUAUGCUACAGUGCUUCAAGAAUCAUAAGAGAUGCCAUCCCAGCUUUGGAGUCUAAUCUAAAGAAAUUCUUCAUCAGUCUCCUCCUACCACAUGCAGAAAAACUGGGCUGGGAUGCAGUACCGGGCGAGAGCCAGUUAGAUGAACUAAAAAGGGAGCAGGUUUUGACAGCAUUGGCGCAUCUCGAUCAUCCUCAGACGAAAGAGGAAGCAACAAAUCGCCUCCGAGCAUUCUUAGAGGAUAAAAACACCCCUUUACUUCCAGUUAACACCAGAAAGGCUGCUUACGUAGCAGUGAUGAGAAAUACGAGCGUUGCAGAUAAAACCGGGUUGAAGUGGCUACUAAAGCUGUACAAAGAAGUCGAUGCAAUUCAAGAAAAGACACGGAUUUUGCGCUGCAUCGGUUCUUCUCCCGACCCUGCUAUAGUUUCAGAAGUUCUCGAAUUCGUGCUAACGGAUGAGGUUCCUCAACAAGAUAUAAUCUAUGUUCUUUGGGUUAUAAGCUGGGAAGGCCGCGCCACAGCAUGGACGUGGCUUAAGGAAAACUGGGAUCUGAUACUGAAAAGAUGGGGAAAAGAGAUGCUUCUUACUCAUUUCAUACGAGACAUCAUCACACCGUUCUCCAGCAAUCAUAUGGCGGAUGAAGCUGAGGCGUUUUUCGGUGGGGACGACGCUCUUCCAUCCAUCGCGCUGAAUCUGAAGCAAAGCCUGGAAAAAGUGAGGAUCAAAGCAAGAUGGGUUGAACACAUAAAAGAGGAAACACAGCUUCUUGAAGCAUUGGUGGAGACAUUGGCUACCAAAUACUAGUGUUUUCUUGAAUUAUGAUGUGUUAUUGUAAUAUCCAUCAUUUAAUCUUUAAAAUUUGAAGAUUAUGUAAUCUUGAAUAUUAGUACUGAAUUUUAAGAAACAUGUUCCACUUA